CAAAACUCAAGGCUACAGCCACAACCCAACCAUUUCAGAUCAUAUCCAGCCCGUAAACCAGCAACAGCUUUUCAGUGACAGGUUAAAAUGGGGUCUUCACUUCCAGAGUGGAUAACCAACGAGUUUUUUGAACAAUGUCUCCGUAAAGAAGAAGACAACAACAACAUUGUGGUAACAAACUUGACCACUUCAUCAGCUGUUCCACCUGGUAACAACUACGGGAGCUUCAUCAUCAGAGUUGAGCUGGAGUGGAAAUUGGACAAAGCUGAUUCUGACGUGAAGACUUCAAAACUCAUUGUCAAAGCCGAACUUACCGAAGGUCCUUUAAAAGAAUUAACAACUGAUGCUGUUUUGAACGAGCCCGCAUACUAUUACAAGUUUAUACCCAAGGCAAAACAAUUCAGUGACAUGAAUUUUGUUGCCAAAAGUUAUUUUUCUCCUAAGCCAACGGUGACCAUUCUUGAAGAUUUGAAAGAAACAGGUUAUGUGAUGGCUGAUAGAACAAAGCAGUUAGAUUUUGACCACUGCCGUUUAUAUAUGACUGCCGGAGCUAUAUUCCACUCAGUCUCCAUCCCAGUAUAUAAGAAAUAUCCUGAACUUUUGGAGCCUAUCAAAAAAGAAUCGACCUACACGAGUGACUCAAAAGGACGAGGUCUUUUUUUAAUGAUGAUCAACGGUGGUAUGAAGUGGUUUGUUAAUGAGAUAGAAAAAGUGGACAGAUUUAAAAAAUACAGUAAAACAUUAAGAGACAUUAAACCUCGCUUGUGGGAUAUGUUGGUUGAAGCACACAAGCCGAGUGAAGGAAUUACCACAAUCAAACAAGGAGAUCCAUGGCUGACAAAUAUGAUGUUCAAAUACGACAAAAACAACCAAGUGUGUGACAUCAAGAUCAUCGACUUCCAAGCGACAAACUAUGGGUCACCUGUCGCUGAUGUGCUACUGUUCCUUUGGUCCAGUGCGAAUUUUGAUGUGAAGCGAAACAGACUAGAAGAAUUGUACAGAUUAUACGUUGACAGUUUUAAUGAAAACCUACAGAAAUUCAGCUGUGACGAAAGACUAACAUAUGAACACAUGAUGGCAGAGGUGAAAAAGUUUACUCCUUUAAUUCUGUUAAUCUCAAGUUCUUUUCUGCCCAGCAUGCUGUAUCCCGAGCCAGUAGACUUAGCCAGUUUUAUCACAGAGGAUGAAGAAGCUCUGGCAGCGGGGAGCAACUUCUACGACAAGUGUUACACAGAGGAAUACUGUUCUAAGGUUCUCCCACAGGUGUUUGAAAGUUUGGAGGUCAAUGGAGUUUUCAGAUGCUUGGAAAACUACAUGAAAUAGAUUAUUAAAAAUGUACUGUUUGGUUACUACAGUGAUUUUUAAUUUUAUUGUUUAACCAACUAUUAAGUUAGAUUUAAUACUUGAUGGAUUUUAAUCAUUUGAGUUACAUAGCUAAACUUUGACAAAACUAUUUAUGUGAGUAAAUCUCAACUUACAGCUGAAAGCUAUGUGUGUCAAGUGUUGCAGCAUGGAAGUCAAGUUUAGAACUAAUAAGCUUGGACUUUUGAUUGCCAGUGUUGUUAGUACAGUUGACAGUUAGGUCUACUCUGUGUCUGAGGCAUGGUCUUUCUGGCCAGGGGAGGGGGCAGAUCCCGUCUCUGUCAGGUCUAAUGUAUGUAGGUUGUGCCAACUAUGAUGGCUUAGGGAGAGAUUAGGGAAGGCUUCUAGCUACACUGAGAAUCACGCCACUAAAUGUGAGUAGUAUUAACACAUUUGCUACCAAUCGCCGCAUAUAUGCGACACUGUCGUCAUUGCCACUGAUGGAGUUAUAUGAAUAUGUGAGUAUUACCCAUAGACCGGGUGUCUCUUGGUUAACAGUAGCCUACACGCAGAACACGGGCAAAUCGUGUUUGUCAAUAAUAUAUGGUAUUCUUGUUUUCGUAAACUUUUGUAAUGUCGCAUAUUUGCGACGCCCGGUCUAUAGCAAGGAAAAUAGUUUAAAUUAUUAUACUUUUCUUCAAAUAGUCCAAGCACCGCAUGCAUGCCACAUUCAACUUUUUCGCUGGUUUUUAGGGGAAACUUAGUAAAAAAACAGCUCAUAAAUAACAGUUUAAAUUAAUUGAACAAAUAUAAAAGCUACGGUACAUAGGCUAAUGAUGUUUUGCUACAAUGGUUAAUUGUCAUAAAAUAAAGCGAACUGCACAAAAACUAAUCAUCAUAUCCACAGACCAAGUGAGACACAUGUGCCAUGCGCGUCAGACAUCCCUGUAGUCCACUGCAGAGAAUUCUGAGCCUUAUGAAGAUAUAAGCAUCUAUGUAUAAAGCUAGGAUGGAUUUGAACUUUUGAGGAGAAAACUGUAAGUCGUGUUCCUAUGAACCGCAUACUUGAAUGAAAGGUCUUGAUAUGAAACUACCCCUGAAAAAUAUCAGUUUUUCGAUAAACCCUCUACGAAGGACACCCUCAAUAAAACCUCAAUUAACCUCAAUUAAAGGGAUGUAUUUUUCUAUUUUAUCAUAUUUAAAUUAUUGAAGAUACAUCAGCUGUUGGAUUUUUUUAGUUUUAGUUUGUUUGUUCACUUUUCCUUAAAUUAACCUUUUGAUUCCUCCAUAGAUUUCUAUAUUCCAUCAAAAGAAGUGAAAGUACGUUUUUCUUAUAAUGCGGGAUGGUGUUCAAACCUUUGAAUUCUGUUUCAAUUGUUUUCUAUUUUAUUAGUUCAGUAUUAUAUAUUUUAAAAACACAGCAAUUUAUGUUGCAGACAAAUGUUGUGGAUAUUAAGUGUCACAAGAACCAUUAAGAGUUUGGAGGAGCCUUAUGUGUUCCAACUGGUAAAAAACGCAUCUGUAGACUAUUUUGCCUUAUGACAUGGUCAUUAAUAAAACUAAUCUACAGAAGCCUAAGAACAAGGGCCUAAUAAUCCAGCAUUUUGCCAUGGAUGGUGGGGAAGAACCACCCACCUCACUGCAUUAUCUCCCCGUGGCAAGGCACAGGU